UCCUUACUCAGAAAGGGUUAACUCUAAAAUAAAAUAAAUACUUAAUACUAGAAUAGAAGAGAAAUGGUUUAUGUAAAGAUGCAGAAAAGAUUGGACAUGCAGAAGAAUGGUACUUUCCACAAAAUUUAAUGGACUUUCCACACUACAGUGAGUCACUAAACAUGUGACCAUUUAUUAUCCCAAAAAAGGAACAGAGCAGUACAUCAGAUGUUAUAAACACAAGCAAGAAGCUCCCAGUCACCCCAUCAUUUAGGUCUGUAAAUUUACGAAUUGCAAACAUUGGUCCAAAGACAUGCUGCGAGUUCCUCAGGUUUCUAAUAUGAUGGUGGACAUGUUAAUUUGCAUUUAAGUCUGCACAUCAAAUACUCAAGCUAUUAAUGCAUUAAAAAGAUGAACAUAAAGUGUGAACAUAAAUACCUAUCAGCCUGCAAAAGAUUAUCAGGAUCUGACAUAAAAUAUAUCUUACUCCUUGUCUUUGACUCCAGUAUUCAGUAAUUUUUCCUCUUAAAUGCCUUUUUAUUCAAACAAGAGGUUUUGGCUAAAAAAAUAAUGCUUCCAAUUUAAAAAAAUUAGUAUUUAGUGUCAGAUUUGUAGUUUUUUGGCCUUUAGUGAGAGAAGAUGCUUUGAAACAACACAGAUAUAGCAAACACUAGCUCUGUUAAAAAAAAUAAGAAUGCUAAGGUUCAGCUGGUUUUUAAUCCCUUCCACUGUUGUUGGUAGUCCAGAAUAGCAAUGUUCUGCUAACAGGAACGCUCUGUCCUCAAGCCUACUGUUAGUCAUGGUCAGGUUAUCCUAACCUGAUCUCAUGUUUCCAUUUUCCCUCAGUUUCAACUGACUCACUGUGCUCUUCAGAUGUAUGCAUACAGAAAAAAGCAUCCUCUAGCCGCCAAACCUCUCCAUACUCACUGCCACGGUCAGCCAUUUCCUUGGCAACUAAAUUAAUUCAGACCAAGUUAUUGUUACAUUUAUUUUAGGCAUCUACCUGCAGAUCUAUUUUCUUCUUUUGUGUGGUCUGACCAGAACAGUUUACAAUGUACUUUCUUUUUAAGCUGAUGACUGAAGAUGAUUAUACUUAGCAGAGCAGAUAAAAAACUCAAGUCUUUGAAGACUUGUGGAAAGCUGUGAAGGCAUAUCCAGGCUUCUGCUGGUGUCCCUGCAUGGGGACCCUUCUCAGUAAAGUGGAACUAGGAAAGUAGUCACUAAUACUCCUUGUCCUGCCCACUGUGAUCCUUUUAAUAAUAGGCCCAAAUAAGCUGCUUGUAGGUUAUAACAGCUUACCUCCUGAUGAAACUUCCAGUUUAAUGAAAAAGUUUGAGCCUUCCCCACUGCUCACAUUAGUCUCCCAAUCCUAAAUUCGGUGGCCUAUAAUACUUGCAAUAGAUAACUUUAUAAUUUAGAAUUUGCAUAGAAGUAUUUUUUUACCUAGGUUUUGUUUGUUUUUUUCUUUUAGUUUUUUUUUUUUUGUUUGUUUGUUUUUGCUUUAAUUUAUAGUAUAUCAGUAUAUAGUAUAUAAUUAUAUAGCUGGCUUCAGAAUCAAUGUUCUCUGAUUUUUUUAUACCUUGAGAAAAAAAUUUAUUUUAAUAGAUACACAAGAAAAUUAGUGUAUAUGUAGCUUGAGCUACAAAUAUAAAUUACAGUACAAACCCACACAACUUAAAAGCAAAACUACAUUAAUAUUGUGCAUGAAUCUAAUACCAGGAGAUCUGAAUUACAUCAAAUGGCUCUGAUGAUUGUAAAUACGUAAACACAAGACAGUUUAUUUUGGAUGCAGAACAGAAAACAGGACAUAACACAAUCGGCCCACUCAUCUGCAGAUGCUAAUUUAAGGAGAAGAUCUCUUGUGUGGAAAUUCACUGGCUGCUAUAUUUCAAUAGAUUUCUAACAUAAACUGCAACAACUUUGGAGUUGAAUUUCAUUGUACUUUAUAGUGGACUGCAAUACCUUAUUAACAUAUCUACCUUAAUGACCACAGCUUAACUUACAUUUUGUCCUGUGCUACAGAAGCUGUCUGGGAGUUGUGUAAACCCAGGAGGGGGUAUAAGGGAUCGAGGGCGUGGGAAGUCCUGAACCCCAACUCUGCAGCACUUGGAAUAAAAUAUCAAUUAAAGUGGUCAGAUAAUUACUUAACAACCAGAACUCUGUGAUUUAAAAAAAAAAGUAUCAAAAAUUCAAUCUCCCACCCGAGUGUCACUAGUAGCACCCGGAGCUGCUGUCUACGCGGAGCAAGGCGCUCUCAGCUCCCGGCCUGGGCUGUUUGUCGGUCUCUCUCGACGGUGCCGGUACCCGUGAGGCGAGGGCAGUGGCGGGGGCGAGCAGGGGUUCCCGGUUCCCCGUUCCCGGUUCCCCGCUCUCGGCGGGACGGGGCUCACCCGGUGCCGGUGCCGGUCCCGACCAGGAAGGCCCAGCGACUCCGCGCGAGCGCCGCGUGCUGACAGCGCCCCCUGCCGGUCGCGCUCUGCUGCGCAGCGCGAGCGGGUGGUGCCGGCACCGCCUCCGUGGGCGGGGCUCACCGCGCUUCGCGCUCUCCCAUUGGGCGCCUCCCGGGAAGGGGCGGUGCCGUCUCCUCACGUGAAUGGGGGCGCGCGCUGUCCUGCCCGAUGGCGCCCCCUGGCGGUCGGCGGCCUCGUGCUCUCGCCACGCCGGCAUGGAAGGGAGCGGCGGCGGCGGCGGCGGCGGCGGGGCGGAUCCGGGCCCGGCCACGGCCCCGGGCGGGGAGGGCGAGGGCUGCGAGGGGCUGUGGGAGCUGCCGGUGGAGCUCUGCGAGAGGCGGCCCGUGUGUGGGCGCUGCAGCCGUCCUCAGAAGGUGUGUUUGUGUCCUUUCCUGCCUGUACAUCCGCUAAAGGUCUCCACUUGCUUGUAUAUAAUUCAGCAUCCAGCAGAGGAAAGUCGAGUUUUAAGAACGGUACCUUUGCUAGCGGCUUGUCUGCCUCCAGACAAAUGUAAGAUUUUGGUUGGUCGACGUUUUAAUGAAGACAGGUAUCCUGAAUUAGCAACUGUGUGCAGAAAUCCCAAUACUCUAAUUUUGUAUCCUGGAGCUGAAGCAACCAAUUUGGAAGACAUGGCAGUGACGUCUUCUAGUCCAUCUGUUAUGAUCAUCAUCGAUGGAACGUGGAGUCAAGCUAAAGAUAUAUUUUACAAAAAUUCUCUCUUCCGCCUUCCCAAGCAGGUGCAGUUAAAACCCAGUAUUUCAAGUCAAUAUGUAAUUCGUACACAGCCAACAAACACCUGUCUGUCUACUCUUGAAUGUGCAGCUGUUGCUCUUUCCAUCAUGGAAAAAAAUAAGAGUAUACAAGAGACUAUACUCCAUCCGCUUCAAGCUUUAUGCUCUUUCCAACUUCAGCACGGUGCCCAGAUCCAUCACAGCAAGGAGCAUCUUCUCAAAAAUGGCUUAUAUGACAAGCCCAUGCCAAAGAAUAAACGCAAACUCAGAAGAAUGGAGCUUCUGGUGAAUAAUGUUAAAAUAUAAGAAAACUGUACUGGUGGUACAAUAGGAUUUACUUGCAGAAGCAAAUGAAUAUAGAUCUGGAUUUGAUCCAGUUGACUAUACUGUAAUACAACAACUUUUAGGCCCUUCUUAGGCAAGAAUUGAUCUACCAAUGUGUCAUACAGUUACAGACAAGCUUUUUCAUAUAUGCAGUAAGCCAGGUGCCUUUGUUCAGAUGAUGGAGGAGCAUUCUCAUUUACUGAGAAGAGAAAGAAAACUGAACAUAAUUUAGACCUAUGUUGUCAGUUGGGUGUCAGAUAUGAUCCUCAGUAUAACUGGAUGAAUUUAUUUUGGAGACGCUUUUAUCAGUACAAAAAGACAAGAAAUAUGACUAUGGAUGUGAAGGGAUGGUAAGGCUUCAGCAGUCAGAAUUAUGUUGAAUUGCAACUGAGUUUUUUAGAUUCAGUAUCUAAUUGCAGUAGGCUUUCAAACCAUAAUUCCUUAUAUUCUUUAGUUCAGAUGAGCAUAAGGCAUGUUAUUUAGACAGUUCUUUCUAACUUGGAGAUUUUUAUUUCUUGUAUUAUUAGAACUCCUUUUUGUACAUUUACAUAUAUUUUACAAUACAGUCGAAUUUAGUUUCUCUCAGACUUAAUUUUUAAAUUAAAUAUGCAUAUGUUUUUACAAGAAACUGAACAAUUCUGACUUACAAAAAGAAAAGUAGAAAAAGUGAUUUUUGGAAUUAUAACUCAGGUGCUUUUCUUACUUGAGCAAAAACUAAUCUUCCACAGAUGGGGAGAUCUCAUGGAUAUACAUACAUCAUACCCAUACUCUGACAUACAAUGAUUUUGCUACUGAAGGAAUUAAACAAGCCCAGUGUAAACUGCUCUAUAGGAAGUGUGAUGGAUUGAAAAAUGAUUAUGUCUGAUUACAACCAACUAACAUAAUUAUAGAUCCUCUAGACUUCAUGUGUUUAGUUUUUCACUUCUAACAGCGAUAUAACUGUACUUCUUUCUAAUGGGAAUUGCUAGAAGCAGAAGAAUUGGGUAUUUUUACAGGCUUUCUAAUAAUAUUUUAUGACCUGGAGGGAAAAAUCAAGUGAAGUAAAGGUUCUGAUAAUCCUUUCUUCUACAUAAAUGCCUCCUGCAUUUAAGAGAUUAAAAUGCGUAAUGUUUGUCUUUACUGUCACUUCCACUCUAGGUAACAACAUGAAGCUAACUGGGUACUAAUUAGUCUUAGAAAAAGAUAUUUUGUCUUUAAUUUAUGAUCUGUGAGAAAAGAAACUACAGAAGUGGGGUGUGGGGGCAGGGUGAGGGGUUGUGUAAACACAAUUAACCAAUAUUUUACUGAAAGCUUUUCUGCAAUUAAUAAGAGAGGUCAAAAUUAGGUCAGAGAUUAGCUAAGAAGUUUUAGUUAACCCUGAGCUAAUAGUGACCUUUUAUUUAGGCAUGGAUAAACAAUGUAAUUUGUCUGGCUAUAGCUUAUAUAACCUUUUUCUCUUCUCCUGGUCUAGAUAAAUCCUGUAUCUGUCACUAAAUUCAGCAAAGCUGAAUUAGAUUUGACAAAUCUGAAGCAAACCAGUCUCAUAUGAUUAAUGAUAGUGUAGAUGCACUUUUGUUCAUAUUGGAACAGAGAAAGGGCAUGUUUAUUCCUGCAGCACACCAAUCACCAGACUAACUUGGAGUCUGAAGUUGCAGUCUUGUGCAAUUUGUGUACACUGCCUUGUGUGUGAUGCUGUGUCCAGUUCUAGGGUUGAUAUGGCUCCUACUGGGCUGGUAAUCUUCCUUCCCUGUGCAUUGGGACAUAGUUAAUAAUUCCUUAGGAAACAUGGGCAUCAAUUAAGCUUUAUUGUUAAUGUCAUAUUUACAUAUAUGGAUGAUAGUCACAUUUAAUGUUGUAUAUGUUAAUUUAAUUUACCUUAUUUUAAAUCCAUCUUGAGCAGCAGUAUAUCUUUUGACCUACAUUGUGAAGUUUAAUUUCCUAGGCAGAAGAUUAAGUGUGUCUUUACAUAAUAUGUGAGUAUAUAUUAUAGAGAACAGAAAGAAAUUUGUGUUACAGCCUGGGAUUCAUAGCCAUCUGCAAAAUGCCUUAGAAUUACAGGAUCAGAGAAAUAGUUGCCUUAAUUGAGUUAUAAUUCUAUGUUAAAUAUUCUUGUGCAUGCAAUCUCAUGUUUUUCAGCAAAGGACAAAUUCUACACAGCUUACAAUAAGCACUUUUUAGCUUUGUUGAUUCCUCUUGUUCUUUCAAUUUUCCUACUGUGGAUAAUAGGAUUUUGUAGAAUCUCAUGCUGGAUGCAUGGAAGCCUUUAAUUGCUAAUUUCCUCUGUUGUACAAUACUAGAUCAAUCAAUAUGUAACAGUUACUGAAGAAAUUAAAAACAAUGCAUUGCAAACCUCCGGGCAUUUUAUUUUUUUGAGUUUUUUGUAUGUCCCAGCUCAGCUAUAAUAUAGUGAAUGUUUAGGUGCAGCACAGCAGUGACAUGAAGUUCUGUUUCAGAUUUGUUUGAAGCUAUUAAACACAAAGCACAAUACUUUUUAUGUAGAACUUUCAUGAUUUUAAAAAUACUCAUAGUGUAUGAGGAAGAAUCUAGAAAGUUUGUUUUCAGGUCUUUUGGAUUCAGAAUUUGCCAAUAAAUACAUUACCUCAAAGAAAUGAAUACUCUGAAGUCCAUACGCUCUUGACAGAAGCUGUGUGUGAUGAAGUAGCACUCUUUGUAAGCAAUUUCAUUAGAAUGAAUUUGAUUUGCAGUUUUACUUUGCUGUAAUGGUAAAUCCGUUUCAUUUUUCCCUUACCGAAAGAUUAAUGAGUGAAACCCACCAGUCUAACAAGAUAUUGAUUAAAAAGGAAGGAAUGUGUUUGCUUCUCGUGUUUUGUCCUUUGUCCUUGUCCACUUUGUACUUCCAAGUGUUGCUACUAAAAUAAAAUCUGCCUUCUAUGUACCUCAAGUGUCAUGUAUUGGGAAACUGGUGGCAUGGAUAGUAGGCUUUUGAACAGAUGCAAAUAUUUUUCAAAGGUGAGCACUGUUAAUUCAUAUUAAUAUUUUUAAUAAUUAACAUUUUCAUAGUCUGUAGGGUAGGACUAAGUCUAUUAAAAAAGAGAAAGAUGGAAUGUUUUUAAAUUAGAACAUGAACUGCACCUACCCUUUUGUUUAGAAAGCUUUCAUAUGAAAGAGAUACUUAGGACAAACAUAAAUGUAUUUUUCUUCAAGAUGUUACUUUUGCUGCCUCAUAACCCCAUACUACCAAUAAAUUACUCUGUUAUUAGUUUUUCUUGAGAUAAAAAGGAAACUUUUCGACUCACUUCAAAAGAGGCAAAAAUUAUUUUAAGACCAAGGAUUUUAUUCUCAACUGCCACAUUAGAUAAAAAAAUGCUUAUGCUGCAUUAUUUUCUACAACUUUCCUGCUUGUUUUGAAAUUUAAUUAAAAACUGGUUUUCUUGAAAGAGAUAUUGGUUCAUGCUUUUCUUUUGAUGCUUGUGUGUUUUAUGUCUAUAUACUUGAAUUCACAUAAAUUACAUAUUUAUUUCUGCCUCAAAGCAAUAAAAUAUCUAAUUUACUGUUGUAUGUUC